CUAGGCCCAGUACGUUCAUUCUCUCAGGGACAACAAGUUCCUGCAGCUAAGAGUUCAGAACAGGAGCAAGAGAUACCUGGCUGCUGGCAGAGCAAGGUGUCAACUGAGGGUGUUUUCUCAUCGCCUCCCUAAGCCACUCAAGAAAAGCUGAGGGACAUUCAUUUUGCUCCAGCAUGAAUCCAAUGACUUCAGCAGACCCCACAGCCAACUCCAUGUUUGUGGCGGCACCCCAAGGCAGCUAUCCUGUGGCAGCACCCUCCAGCAGUUAUCCUGUCAUCCCACAAGUCGUAUCUCCAGUGCCCCUAUAUCCAAACAACCAGCCCCAAGUCCAUCUAAUUCCUGGAAACCCUCCUGGUUUGGAGUCGAAUGUCAAUGUGCAACCUGCCCAGAAAGGCUUGAAAGAAGGCAAAAGCUUAGGGGCCAUCCAGAUCCUGAUCGGCCUGAUUCACCUUGGCCUCAGCUCCGUCUUGGCAACGACUCUCUACGGGGAAUAUUUAGCAGUCUCAUUCUACGGAGGCUUUCUCUUCUGGGGAGGCAUCUGGUUUAUCGUUUCAGGUUCUUUGUCAGUGGCAACAGAAAGACAGCCAAAUUCUUCUUGCCUGCUGAAUGCCAGCGUGGGCCUGAACAUCGUCAGUGCAAUCUGUGCUGCAGUCGGAGUCAUACUCUUCAUCGUAGAUCUGAGUAUCAACAGCUCAUAUCCUCACCCCAACUAUUAUCCUUAUAACACGUGGGGAUUGGCCCCUGGGUUGAUGACUUCAGGCGUGCUGCUGGUCUUCUGCCUGCUGGAGUUGGGGAUUUCGUCGGCCGCUGCCCACUUUGGCUGCCAGAUGGUCUGCUGUCCACGUAACACUGUGAGCACAGUCUACCCAAAUGUCUACACAACAAGCACAGCGUUCAUCCCAGAACCACCGAACAUGCCAUCACCGCCACGUUAUUCCAGUGAGAUCCAAGCUCCACAUAAGCAGAGCUAAAGAUUCUAGAACCAUCCUUUCCUGAGAGCAAAAGAAGGCCUCCUAUUUCUGGGCUUCCAUAAUCCAGUUUUCUCCCCAUCCUGACAACUGGGGAAAAUGUCUCCCCUCAGCUUCAUUCUUCAAUUGGGCCUGGGAAACUGUGCUGUUCUUCUAUUGAAAAGAAUGUGGGGAUUUAAAGUGGAUUUUACUGAAGAGGCCCUGCCUAGGGCAUGUGCGUGUGUGUUCGCAAGUGCACACUCUUUCAAUCAGUCCUUCAUUUAAUAAAUUGGUGUGUGCA